UACCUUUUCAACAGGUAUAACACAUUCUGAGAGUCUUUUUCUCCUUCGGGAAUUACGGAUGAUCACUUUAUGGGAGCCGCGAUUGAGGUAGUGACACGGUGACGUUUCAGCGUGACGUCGGAAGCACAUGUGCAUCAACUAUGGAGCAGCAACCUUUACUGUGAUGUCAAGGAGAGUAGGAGUAGGGGUGGUCUGAACCGAGACUGCUUAAGCCUUUCUCCAUUCAUCGUUCAUUAUUCAUCGGAUGAACUCUGACCGAGCAAGUCACCUACUAUCCUUCAUGAUGACCCAAUGGUCAACUGUCCACUGAUCCUCCACUGAUCAUCCAGGGGCCACAUCACUCGGUGUGCUCCUCUCCACUCCUCACGGCAUCAUGGGGGACGUAGUCCAGAUGCACUUCAGCACAGUGGAUUAUGUGAUUUUUGUUCUGCUGCUAGUGGCCUCUGCUGGAAUCGGUCUUUACUAUGCCUUCUCAGGGGGUCGUCAGAGGACCACACAGGAGUUCCUGCUGGCCGACCGCAGCAUGCGCUGCCUUCCGGUGUCCCUUUCACUGCUGGCCACCUUUCAGUCAGCGGUGGCCAUCCUGGGUGCCCCAUCUGAGAUUUACACACAUGGCACGCAGUAUUGGUUCCUGGGCUGCUCUUACUUCCUGGGCCUGCUCAUCCCUGCACACAUUUUCAUACCAGUUUUCUAUCGGCUCCGUCUUAGCAGUGCGUAUCAGUAUCUGGAACUUCGUUUUAGUAAAAGUGUUCGGAUAUGUGGCACUUUGACCUUCAUCUUUCAGAUGGUGAUCUAUAUGGGAGUUGUUCUGUAUGCUCCAGCACUUGCACUUAAUGCAGUAACAGGUUUUGACCUUUGGGGAGCAGUGCUGGCCAUAGGAUUGGUGUGCACACUUUACACAGCUCUGGGUGGUCUGAAAGCAGUGAUCUGGACAGAUGUGUUUCAGACAGUUGUUAUGUUUGCGGGGCAGCUGGCAGUGAUUAUAGUUGGUACCCAGCAGGCAGGUGGCAUCGCUGAAGUUUGGAGGAAAGCACAAAACGGCAGCCGUAUCUCAGGCCUUGACCUGAACCCCGACCCUUUAGAGAGGCACACAUUCUGGACUCUGGGAGUGGGGGGGGUUUUCCUCAUGCUGGCCCUGUAUGGAGUGAAUCAGGCUCAGGUCCAGAGAUACCUCUGCUCCCGCACAGAGAAAGAGGCCAUCAUGUCCUGUUAUGCGGUGUUCCCAUGCCAGCAGAUCGUGCUCACAUUGGGCUGUUUAAUGGGUCUGGUUAUGUAUGCUCGAUAUGGGGAGGAGAGCCCACUGGAUCAGGGCUAUGUCAAAAGCAAUGACCAGAUGGUGCUGUACUUUGUAAUGGAUGUGUUGAGAGAUCUUCCUGGUUUACCAGGACUGUUUGUCGCCUGUCUGUUUAGUGGAGCCCUCAGCACAAUCUCAUCUGCCUUCAACUCACUAGCAACGGUCACCAUGGAGGAUCUGAUCAAACCUCACGUACGACCCAUGACGGAGGCCCGUGCCACCCUGUUAUCAAAAAUGCUGGCUCUUGCCUAUGGUCUUGUGUGUCUGGCUAUGGCAUACAUCGCCUCUUUAAUGGGCUCUGUGCUGCAGGCAGCACUCAGUAUAUUUGGGAUGGUGGGUGGACCUCUUCUUGGCCUUUUCUGUCUGGGGAUGUUUUUCCCUUGGGCCAAUUCCACUGGUGCUCUGGUUGGGCUGGCAUCAGGGCUGGUCAUGGCUUUCUGGAUCGGUAUCGGCAGCUUUGUUUCACGAAUGUCUGCAUCUGUACCACCGGUGAUAAAUACCACUGUCAUACCUGAUGUGGGAAACAUGACAACAGCUGUGAUGAUGACACUCAUCACAUCUAAACAGAGGCCUUCUGGAGUUCAGGCUUUGUACUCUCUAUCAUACAUGUGGUACAGUGCUCAUAAUUCUGCCACAGUUGUUGUGGUGGGACUACUGGUCAGCUUUCUUACAGGGCCCUGGAAAGAGAAAGAUUUAAACCCAGGUACGAUUUACCCUGUGCUUGGCAAUCUGCUGUUCUUUCUGCCCCAACGCUACAAGGAGAAACUCUGCUGCGUUACUCCACUGGAAGACAAUUCCAAAGGCCCGGACCAUCAGCCUUACCAGAUGGCCCAGAAAGAGAGCAAUGGCGUUGCCUAUACUAAAGAGGAAGACAAGCUCAGGGAAGAGGAAGGAGAAAAGAUAACCGCCCAGCCUACUUGUAACCUUGCCCAUAGAGUGCAGGAAACAGCUUUGUGAAAUAUCCCUCACAGCGACAAACCCAAAGGGUCUUAGUUUCCCACAGGGCUCUGGGAAGAACAAAAUCUCAGUUUUCUCCUCUUGAAUUUGGUAAUAACCUUAAGUCCAUAAGUUGUGGGUUGUGCUGUGGUCCCUUUACAAUAUUGGUACGCUGUGCCCUCAACUGCCAGUGAUUGAGGCGAGGGGUUGUCUUUUUUAUAUGUGAUACUUUAUGAUGUUUAGAUCUUGAACAAAUUGAGAUGUGUUGAGCUGAAGCGACACAAGUGAUUACAUGUCUAGUUUACAUGUCCUAUAUUGAAUCUCAAGAAUACUCGUUGAAUAUUGCUGGUCCGUUAUAAACAUACACGCACAAAUCAAAGAAAUCAUGCUGAACGUCAGGUUUAAGAUGAAUGGUUUUCACCAGAAAGACCACAGUUUGCACAAAUCUGUAGUCAUUUCAUUUCAGUGCCAUUCAAGUUUUGGGGUUUUUCUCUCCCAAAGAUUUUGCUUCUUCCAAAGUUCACUACACUGGCAUUUGCAUUCUGUUUGCCUUGGACGCACUACUAUCAGUGUGUGUUACCUAAACUGAGUUCAAAGUUAACAGUGACUGAAGAAUUGCUAAUAUUGCAAAUUUAAAUGUGGUAAACUUUUAGCUUAAUAUUCAUGAAAAGACCAUCUGCAAGUGAUAGAUACAAUGAAUCUAAUGCAUGUUGAAUCUAGUUCCCUUUAUUGAAGCCCAUUGUUUGUGACAAGUGCCUCCUCAUUUGAAUGUAUGAUGUAGUUUUGUGACUGGAUUGUUUCAUCAUCUCAUUCAAAUGGAGCAUGGGCCUGACCCUGACCAUUUUUAAGUAUCUGGACACCUCACUAUUGAAUUCCCAUGAUGCUUUGAGUUGUAAGGGCCUGGUUAACUAUACUUUAGCAUCUCAAAAAAGAAGUUUUAAAUUUGCCUGGAUUUAACAUUAUUUUGGAAUGGAUGAUUUUUUAGAAAACGGUCAUUUUAGAACUGUUCUUCGUGAUGUAGACAAGCUCUUUAAAUGUUAUAAUAGCCUAUUCAAAUGUGUGAUCUUAGAUAUAGAAGAUACUUGUCAUGGUAUCAAGACUAACUGUUAUAGAAUUGAAACCUCAGUGCGAGUUACUGACCAUAAUUCUCAGUAUUAGCAUAUGGAUCGAUUUGGUUGCACUCGUUUUCUUGUCAUUUGAUUUGUUGUUGUUUUUAAUGUUUUAGAGGUGUUUUUUUUUGUGCUUUGCUGUCUAUAGUCUAAUUUUAGACCUCAGUCUAAGCCAUACCAUUUGUAGUUGCUGUAGGAUUCCUAAGUCAUUGUAUUGUGCCAAUGACUGGAAUGAAAGCUUUCUCUAAACCUGUCACAAUCUCACAAGCACAGGCAGUCAGUUAUAUAUUCAGGUUAUCCGCUCUGGGUCAACGUUUUGUAGAAGUCUCACAUCUACUGGUGUUUCUUUUUUUGUUUUGUUUUUAUUGUGGGUGUAUCAUCUUGGUCUGGCAACAGGUUUCAGUUUAACAUUCAUCUCCAAAGAAUCAUCCUAUGUGGAAUCAUGUUCAUCACAUAUGGAGACACAAGAAGUCGGUUCACACAGAAAGCGCUUUUGCAUUCCAGUGCGGUGUGUUUUUAAAAAUAGUUUCCAAAGUAAACACACUGUUGCGUACGUAACUCACUGCUUUUUCAGCAUCGCACUCAUGAGCGAUAUGUUUUUACACUAUUACAAUUAGUUAAAAUUAAAGUGCUAAAAUAAAAGCAUUCAAAAAAAGUUUUUUUAAGUUAUUUCUAUCGAAUGAUUAAUCGUGAUUAUUUUCAUCCAAAGUAAGUUUUUGUUCACAUAA